AUGGCCAAACCACUCCUUAUCAAUACCGAGGCGACGGAUGUCAAUCCAGAGUUACCCCAGAUUCGUCUGGAAGAGUUCGUCAUCAAGCCAUUGUUGAACGAAAAUCCCGCGGUCCUUGAUAAUGUCCGGCUGUCCAUCCGGAUCGUAGCUAACGAUAUCCUCAUUGGGCAGACAAAAGCAGUUGAGAAGGAACUGGGAGAAGCACGUCUCUGGAGGUUCAGUGACAGCAUUGACGUCCCCUCAGGUGUCCCAUCAUUCCUCCUUCAGGUCUUUCGAGAGAAUGGACAGUUAGCAGCUGAGCGGAUGAGUUCUAUAUCACACAACGUCGUACACAUUUGCACUCGCCUUACCGAGGAGACGACGUCAGACCCGGUGACAUCUUAUGACAUCACGGACGUGCUUGGGGAGCUGCCAUCCUAUCAAGUGGAUUUUAUUGCGUCAACGUCAGGGUCUUUUCGUCACUCGACCCUCGUCAGAGCCUUCUGA